AUAAGGCCAGGUGAGUGGCGCGCUCAGCCAGUCCGUAAGCGGUCCAUAACCGAGGGCCCGCCCUACUUUGUCCGCAAACUCCAAAGUUUUAUAGAUAUAUAUAUAUAUUUUUUCUUUAUCGCGUACCGAUCCCGUCCCCCCGGAAGUGCAGCAGGAGUGAAAAUACCGUAUACGCUAUAAGGGGAAGAGGGACCAGAUCUAACUGUGCCAAGGGAAUAGGACCGAAAGUUUUUAACCGGAACUAAAAUUAGUAAAAAUUUACCUCAGGAUGAGGUCCUCGACGGUGCUCGUCGCUCUGGCAACUCUGGGCAUCGCUGCCGCGAUCCGAGUGAAGCGUCAGGACGACGGUAAGAAGGAAGACAGUUUCGAGCAGGAGAUAUGCAAGGACAAAGACGCCGGGGAGUGGUUCAGAUUGGUACCCGGCGAGGGUUCGAAUUGCCGAGACGUAAUCCAGUGUACGAGCUCCGGUCUGCAGGCCCUGAGGUGUCCGACCAGUCUCUACUUCGACAUUGAAUCGCAGACCUGCGAUUGGGAGGGCUCCGUUAAAAAUUGCAAGUCCAAAAGCAAGGAGAGGAAAGUGAAGCCUCUCCUUUACACGGACGAACCCCUCUGCCAAGACGGUUUUCUGGCCUGCGGUGACGGAAACUGCAUCGAAAGAGGACUCUUCUGCAACGGGGAGAAAGACUGCACCGACGGUUCCGACGAAAAUACCUGCGACAUGGACAACGACCCCAACAGAGCGCCACCCUGCGAUCCGGCGGUCUGCGUUCUGCCGGACUGCUUCUGUUCCGAAGACGGUACCACCGUCCCCGGUGACCUUCCGGCCAAGGACGUACCCCAGAUGAUCACCAUCACCUUCGACGACGCUAUAAACAACAACAACAUCAAUCUUUACAAGGAGAUGUUCAACGGUAAGAGGAAGAAUCCGAACGGAUGCGACAUCAAAGCGACAUUCUUCGUAUCCCACAAGUACACGAAUUACUCGGCGAUGCAGGAGACCCACAGGAAAGGUCACGAGAUCGCCGUACAUUCCAUAUCUCACAACGACGACGAGCAGUUCUGGUCGAACGCCACGGUGGACGACUGGGCCAAGGAGAUGGCGGGGAUGAGGAUAAUCGCUGAAAAAUACGCAAACCUGACCGACAACAGCGUGGUAGGAGUACGAGCCCCGUACCUCAGAGUCGGCGGCAACAACCAGUUCACGAUGAUGGAGGAACAGGCCUUCCUUUACGACUCUACCAUCACCGCGGCCCUCAACAAUCCUCCCCUAUGGCCGUACACGAUGUACUUCCGAAUGCCCCACAAAUGUCACGGAAACCUUCAACACUGUCCGACAAGAUCUCACGCCGUCUGGGAGAUGGUGAUGAACGAGUUGGACCGCAGGGAGGAUCCGGAGAACGACGAAUACCUUCCGGGUUGCGCUAUGAUCGACUCCUGCAGCAACAUACUGACCGGCGAUCAGUUCUACGAUUUUCUCAAUCACAAUUUCGACCGUCACUACAAACAGAAUCGCGCGCCCCUCGGUCUUUACUUCCACGCAGCGUGGUUGAAGAAUAAUCCCGAGUUCCUCGACGCCUUCUUGUACUGGAUCGACGAAAUUCUGGCCAACCACAACGACGUUUACUUCGUCACGAUGACUCAAGUCAUCCAAUGGAUCCAAAGUCCCAGGACGAUAAGCGAGUCGAAGAACUUCGAAUCGUGGAGGGAGAAGUGCUCCGUCGAAGGGAUUCCGGCCUGUUGGGUGCCGCACAGCUGCAAGCUCACCUCCAAGGAAGUUCCCGGGGAAACUAUCAACCUUCAGACCUGCGUGAGAUGCCCGAACAACUACCCGUGGAUCAACGAUCCCACGGGAGACGGUUUCUUCUAAGCUCCUUUGGAAGAAUUGAUAACGAACAAAAAGAAAAGAAAAAAAAAAAAACUCCAAUUGCCAUCAAUAGAAGAAGAAAAAAAGAAAAAAACUGAAGAUGAGAAAGUUUAACGGUUCCGAGUGCACUUUACCCCCUUAACAAAAUUCCUCUUCAACCUCUCCCACAAGAGAAAAAGACGGCGGAACAUUGGAGAAAAAAAAAACAAAAAUAAAUAACGGCGGUGAAAUGAAUACCUGUAGCUGCACCUGGUUCCGUUGACCAUAUCCCACGAAGUAGAAAUCGCUGGAUGAAAAAAAAAAGAUCGGCGAAAAAAAUAAAUAAUUAAAAAUCGGGCGGCGAAAAAUCGGCGGCCAACUCGUGAUAAUAUUUCCCCGAACUCUUCUUACCUAUUACGAAUACACCUAUACUUAUAGCUUAAAAAUUACACAAACGGCAUGCGAAAUUUUUUCACACGCACAUAUUUCCAUACGAACAUUCACAUCUAACACCGCGAAACUUUCCCCCCCCCCCCCCCCCCCCCCUACUCCGUUGUCCGAUUCUUCCCACCCCUGUAUUCCUAAUUAUCCUUCUUAUUUUUUUCAAAGAGCUUGUCCGAGACAAAAAAAAAAUGCAGAAACGCGGACGAUGACGACCUCGUAUGGAAGAAAGACACGCACACAAGUUACUAACAUUUACGUACCCGUGUAUAUACAUAUUUGUAUUGUAAAGUAAGUGAUAUUAUAUGUAUGUGUAUGUACUGUUCCAACGAAAACGAAGACUUUAUUAAGAUGAUUUAGAAAAAAAAAAAGGAAAAGAAAAAGAACGAAAUAAAGAAAAUCCAAAAAAAAAAUUACGAAAAACAACAAAAAUCUUGAAAAAUAAAAUAUUAUAAUAAAAAUUA